AUGUCGAUCGCCAGACGAGUGUUCACAUACAUUUUCCCCAACGACCCAAAUCUUGACAAGGACCAAAUUUUCCUCCAUAAUGUCCUUUGGGAUGGCUUUUGUUCAUUUGCUUAUUAUCUGUUAAUAUUUAUGUUGCUGAAAACAUAUCAUGUGGCUGUUCGCCAGUCAUUGGCAGAAAUCCAAAGACUGAGAAUGUACUUCUUGAUGUCUCUCAUUCUUAGCGUCCGUUUCCUCUUCUCACACAAUUUCGAUUUUGAGAUUCUGAGGAAAAUCUGCCCAAUGACCACAUCUCUCAACUCCCUUGCCUCCAUCCACCUUGUCGCUUGGCCCCAUUCCCUCUUGCUCCUAUAUCACCUCUCCCAGCAAUGUUAUCUGUAUGAAAUCUAUCCAUCCAACUACUUCACUGGAAUACCACAAAAAUUGAUCUACACUUGUUUCUUCACCUGGGCCGCUUAUUCAGCAUGGCAUGCUCCUCAAGGAUCGUGCCCCAACGAAUUGGUGUCGUUGGAAAUGUGCAAAUCGGUGUAUGAUGUUGUAUUUUUGCUGCGAAUCGUUGUGAUUGGAGUCUUCUUGAGCUACUCGGAAUAUAUGAUGAUCAUCGCUUGCGCUGACAGUUUUGAUAUCUAUUCUUUUGGAGAGUACGUUGGAAAGCGAGAGUGGAAGGAUAACCGUUGGGUUGAGACUAGAACUGACCAGGACAGAAGACGCUAA